UCCUCUUUAUUCCCGGAAGCGGCAAGGCGAAUUGCUGCCUCCGCCUUCCUUGCACUCUUCCCAACUCCCCCCAGCAGGCCUCAACCAAUGAGCACGCACGCCGGGGCGCGCUAGGGGACGUUCUGUGACGUACCUGCUACGCACGCUUUAUCAGGCGUCUUCCCGCGCCGCAGUCUCUCUGUUCUCCCGGUUCCUUAGAGCUCGUCGUUUCAGCAGUCUUCCGACUUUUAAUUUCCAGGACUUGCUUUCUGCCAUGUCUUCUGAAGAAGGGAAGCUUUUCGUGGGAGGGCUCAAUUUCAACACCGAUGAGCAGGCACUUGAAGACCACUUCAGCAGCUUUGGGCCUAUCUCUGAGGUGGUUGUUGUCAAGGACCGGGAGACUCAAAGAUCCCGGGGUUUUGGCUUCAUCACCUUCACAAACCCAGAGCAUGCCUCAGACGCGAUGAGAGCCAUGAAUGGAGAGUCCCUGGACGGGCGCCAAAUUCGUGUUGAUCAUGCGGGCAAGUCUGCCAGGGGAUCCAGAGGGGGUGCCUUUGGUGGGCGUGGUCGCAGCUACUCUAGAGGUGGUGGAGACCAAGGAUAUGGAAGUGGAAGAUAUGACAGUCGACCUGGAGGAUAUGGAUAUGGGUAUGGGCGGUCUAGAGACUACAGUGGCAGAAGCCAGGGUGGCUAUGACCGCUACUCAGGAGGAAAUUACAGAGACAAUUAUGACAACUAAGAUGGGGCAUGCACACAAAAUGUAGAUACACAAGGAAUAACACUUCUGAUCCAGGAUCGUCCUUGCAAAUUGCUGUAUUUAUAAAGAUUUUUGGAGCUGCGCUGAAACGUCUGUUUUAGUACAUCAAGUUCUAUUUUUGAAUUGAGCUCCCAAGGUAGUUUGUUAAAGAACUUUUCGAAAGCUCCACGUGCUCUUUAAACAUUUUUUUUUCCCUUUUAAAGACAAAUUUUAAGAUAUUUGUUAUAGUCCCAAUAUUUUUCCUUUUAUUGGAAUUUUUGUUUAGGCACUCAGGAUUAUUGUUUCUGGCCAAAAGAAAAAAGUGGCCAGGCUAAAGCAGUUUAUAAAACUAAUGUGUAUUUAGAGACACUUUAAAAACUUGUAAACAAUGUUUAUCAUGGCCAGAAAGUGAUUUCUGAAUGUACCUAUGAACAAUCUGAGUCAAGAUCAUGAUUACUUAGAAAUGUUUUUUAUUGAAGAUAACCAUCCUGAUUAUAUAGAAGAGCUUCUUUAAAAUGUUUGUGAAUGUCAUUUUUUAAUACUGGAAGAAAAAGUAUUCUGUUGUGUCUGAUGUGUUUAGGAUGUCCUUUAUGGAGCUAAUUAAAAGAUGAAACCUGAACACAAA